UCAAGAAUGGAUUUUUCUGACAAUGAAGGAAGAAGAAUUUCAAGAAAUUUACACGCCUCUAGUUCUAUGGAAGCUGAAACUGUAAACUUUGAUGAUGAGCUGGCUUUGUCUGAAGAGGAUCAAAGUAUGAUGCCUAUUACCACAGUUAAAGUAGACUGGCCUAAUCCAAUUCAUGAACAACAACCUUUGUGUCAACAGUUAAAUACAGACACAUCUGUUAAGAUUUCUGAUGGUAAUUCUUUACCUGUCCAUAUGGGGAAAGAAAAUAUUCCUUAUCAUGAUGUAGUGCAUGAUUUUUAUCGAGCAGUGGAUGAAGGUUCUUGUGACGCUAUAGAAAAAACAGUUUAUAAAUACAAUUUAGAUGUUGGUGUCGUCUUCACCAGCAAUUUUGAAUUUGUGAAACGCAAACACCAUGGGUGGACUGCAGCUCAUCUAGCAGCAUCACACGGGAAUGUCAAGGCCUUGCGGUUUUUGUUUGCCGAAGGCUGUGACAUAGAAUCUCUCACCCCAGAUGGGGAAACAGCCCUGCAUGUAGCAGCAAAGCAUGGGGCAGCUGAAGUUGUGGCCUACUUACUUGACUGUAAUGUAUUCCUGAGAGAUCGACCAAACAAACAAGGAAUAACAGCCUUAUUAAAAACUAUUUUUAAUUUCCAGCCCGCUUUUAAAGUUAAUUACCGGCGCUGUGUUGAUUUGUUGUUGGGUGCAGGGUGUAAUCCAAAUAUAUCAUCUUCUUCUAAAGUGAUGCCACUGCAUGUAGCUGUUGACAAGGGCGAUUUACAAUUAGUCAGGAGACUAAUCAUUGCUGGGGCAAAUGUAAAUGCCCUCUGCAGCCAUAAUACAAGCCCACUAUUGCGUGCAUUGAUUCUAAAAAACGUGAAUGCUGAAAUAGUGACUGAACUUUUACUUGCAGGAGCUGACACUUCUUUAAAAAUGAAUGGUAAAUCUACCCUUCACAUAGCAGUUUCAAGGUGUGAUGACCGUGUUAUAGAAACAUUCCUUCAAUGUGGUGCUAAUCCAAAUUGCCUGGACGCUUCGGGGAACACACCAUUAACACUGGCUGUGGAGGAGAAUAUCAUCAAAGUCGUCCCUAUCUUAGUUGCUGGAGGUGGAGAUGUAAACUACGCCAAAGCUCCACAAUGCAUUUCUCUUCUGUCUCAAGCUGUUUUAAACAGCUCACUGCCGAUGGUGAAACUGCUGCUUCAGUUGGGGGCGACGGUUCAUACAGAGACCUGUAUGUGGUCCACACCACUACACCACGCGGUAGAUCAACAAAACAUACCUAUUAUCAUGGAGCUGCUUAGAGCUAACUGUUCUCUUAAUUCUACCAGCAAUGCCAAAUAUUCACUACGACCUCUGACCCCUUUUCAGCUGGCAAUGGAGCUAGGCAAUGUAGAGAUUAUGUUUCUUUUGAUUCAAGUCGGAUGUAAGGUCCAGUGGUCGUGGUUAAGAGAAGACAGGCUGCCCCCAGCUCUGGCAUCUAAAGGAGAUGUUGUCAGGCAUAUCAACAAGUGUGUUUCCAAGAUUCCUUCUUUGCUGCACUUGAGUCGCAUUAGCUUACGAGAGCACCUGGGGGACAGGUUUGGCUCAGUGAUGACUUGGUUGCGUCAAGCUGCUGUUGUACCUAACAAAAUAGCUGACUACAUUGCACUGAAGGAUAUUCUUGAUUCGUAAGAUUAAUUGCACUUUAAUCAUUUUAAGUAAUAAUAAUAUAACUAAAAACUAAUAUAUUAUUAUAUAAACCUAAUUUUUGUCUUUUUUUUUCUUUGGAUCAUUUUUCAGUUUAAUUUCUAAUGAAAGUUAUGUCAAUAAAAAUGUGAUAAUUGGAACUAAUGAUCUAAUUAACCCAUUAAAUGUUGAGUACAUUAGUUUGUAAGACAUUCAAUGUCUUUCAGGUUUUUAUUAAGUGUUGAAAUUGAAUUGCUACACAUGAAAUCAUCAGAAUGUGAACAUAAAAUAUUAAAAAUUAAGAGACUAUCUAAAAAGGCUCUUAGCUAUCUUUAAUAAAAUAAAAUGCAAAACAUUGUAUACAGUUUUUAUUAAAUAUUUGGCUUUUGAAUAUACUGUUAUUCCUGAAUACACAAGGUAGUCUACAGGUUUUAAUAAUACUAUUCAUAUGAUACUAUGAACUUAUAUUCUUAAUCAGCUUCUUUGUUUUGUUACACCAGCCUUUAAGCUCAGGAUUGUUUAUCAUUAUUUCAAUUUUAUGUGUCUGCAACUAUAUGAAUCUGGGAUUAAUGUUAAUUU